GGUAACAAAGAAUGGGCCAAUGGAGCUUACUUCAGAAGUGGAUGGAGCAGGAUACAAAGGACGAAUAUUACAUAGAUUUUGAUUCGAUUGUCGAGGUUUCCCUGCUCUGGGAUUGGGAUAAGGUUAAAGGAAAUAUGCUAGGCCUACGUGAAGUUUACGAGUUUGCUGGGAGAGAUUUAGAGAGAAGACGGAGAUAUAACUCACUUUCUUCAAGGGUUCGCAGUUAUCUCGGAGAUCCAGAUCAUAUUCCUUUUACUCCGGAUACCCUUGUAUUCAGGUCGGAGCAAUUCAUUCAUCAGCAGUCUCUUAUGGAACCUAGAGAAAAGAUCGGACCUGGAGAGCAUACCGAACCUGGAGAGCCUACCGAACCUGGAGAGCAUACCGAACCUGGAGAGCCUACCGAACCUGGAGAAGGAUCAUUAGACUUGAGAAAGGAAGGACGAACGAGAGAACAGUCGACACUCCGUCGAACUUCUGAAAAGUCGACUGGGAGCACAGGACCCUUCUGCAGGAAAUUUUAA